AAACUCAGGCAGCAAGAGACCUGGCCAGAGAACACCUGUCACUACCUACCACCCCUGAGGGCAGGAGCAGCCGGCCUAGGGAGAGCCACAGCAGAGAGAAGGGAGAGAAGACGCUCCCCAGCCUGAGGACGCAUCACCUGCUCCAAGCCACUUGGUCUUCCCACUCCUCCAUGGAUUCAGCCAGCGUGGGGGUGCUGUGCGCCCUGCUCCUGCUCUCGCUGCCGGCCGGCCAAGCCCAGAAGCGGGCAAAGGAUCACCACCGCCACCACCACCACCACCACCACUGCUUCAGCCAGGAGCAGCUGCAGGCCGGGGAGCUGCCCACCCACUUUGUGAGCAGGACCAUGAAGUGGGACCGAUACGCCCCCGUGCAGCUGGUGCCACACCUGGAGAAGAUGCAGCAGGAAGGAGGCCAGAGACGCAAACGCCAAGUAGAUGGGUGCCCGGCUCUGCAACUCCAGGCUACCAUCAACAGCGAGCCCAAUGAGCGCUCCCUCUCUCCCUGGAGAUACCGCAUUGACGAGGAUGAGAACCGCUACCCGCAGAAGCUGGCCUUCGCCGAGUGCCUGUGCACCGGCUGCAUCGACGUCAAGACGGGCCGAGAGACGUCCUCGCUCAACUCUGUGCUCAUGCACCAGACCAUGAUGGUGCUUCGCCGCAAGCCGUGCCCGCACAAUACCAGCCCUGGGACCUUUGCCUUUGAGGUGGAGUACAUCAAGGUGCCAGUCGGCUGCACCUGUGUCCUCCCCAGGUCCAGCGGCUGAGCACGUGACAGAUGCUGGAGCAGCCGAGCUCCCGUGGAGCGAGCUGGUUUCCAGCAUGUUAACCCCAGACCCGUAGUGUGACCAUGUCACACCGACCAGUAUGUUUGUUUUAAAGCACUUACUAUUUAUUUAAAUUGUAGGCCCUAUGGAACCGUUUCCCUGUCCCUAGCGAGACCCGCCAACCAGCUAGCUGUCCUGGGAUUUGCAUUUCAGCCUGCCACCUGGUGAUCCUGAAAUCCAAACUAUCAGCUGCCAAGGUUGAGCUGCAGUGCUCUGCAAGCUGGAAAUGCAAUGAAAAGAGCUGUGAAUCCUCAUGCCUCAGGGCAUCGCCUGACUGUCAGCUAGAGGGGUCAGGAAGGAAUUUAUUCCUGGCUAGAAUUUUGCACAGUGAGGUGCAUCUCUUGGGAAGCGAGAGGGAAUGUAUUCCUUCCUCUGAAGCAACUGGCAGUAGCCACUGGCCACUAGCCUGUUGGAGGGCUCAUUCUAAUGCUCUUGUGUUUAUUACAGACCUCAUGCCUAGCUGGCCCUGCCUCCUUCCCCACGGUAGCUAGAAGGUGCAUGUGACGGGAGGAGGAGGGGUCAUAUGGAGCUAGGCAAGCAUGUCUUCCUUGCUGAUUGCACACAUUGUGCCGGACACUGCCUCUCGGUGCUCUCUAGCAGAGAGCAGGCCAGGGCUCUUCUUUGUGUCCACAUUUUUCUUUACAAAAAAAAACCCCAAAACAGAUGAAAU